CUUCCUCGGAUUAUCUUAAAAAUGGGUAAGUUUGAGUUCUUGUGGGCUGGACGAGUGAUUCUUCUUCUUCUUCUUCUUCAGCUGAUUCCAGGGAUUCUGGGUUGGGGAAAAGAGGGGCAUUACGCUACCUGCAAGAUUGCUGAGGCCUAUCUUACUUCAGAUGCAUCAGCUGUUGUGAAAUCAUUACUUCCUAGCGUAGCCAAAGGAAAUUUAUCCAAUAUCUGUUCAUGGCCUGAUGAAAUCAGGUUAAAUUACCGCUGGAGUUCAUCUCUUCACUUCUGCAGCACUCCUGAUUUCAGAUGUAACUAUGAUUUCAAAAGAGACUGCCAUGACACUAAAGGACAGGAAAAUAGAUGUGUUACAGCAGCCAUAUAUAACUACACAAUGCAGCUUAUGACUUACAAUGACUCUUAUUCCUCAAAGAGAUAUAAUCUAACAGAGGCAUUGAUUUUCUUAGCUCAUUUCAUGGGAGAUGUUCAUCAGCCUCUACAUGUUGGUUUCCUUGGCGAUCGAGGAGGAAACACAAUCAAUGUACAUUGGUAUAAGACACAUUGGUAUCAGAUGAAAUAUAAAUUGCAUUAUAUAUGGGAUAAUCUAUUCAUAGAGUCUGCAAUGAAGAAACUCUAUUCAAAUGAUCUUGGUGUCAUGAUCAAGUCAAUUCAAAAGAACAUUACUGAUGAAUGUUCCAAUGAUUUAGGAAAGUGGGGAGUUUGUGCGACGAUUGAGGUUAUUUGUCCAGGCUCGUAUGCAUCAGAGAGUAUUAGAUUCGCUUGCAAAUAUGCCUACAUAAAUGCCAUGCCAGGAGCCACCCUAAAUGACGAUUACUUCUAUUCGCGGCUGCCUGUUGUGGAGAUGAGGCUCGCUCAAGGUGGGGUUCGGCUCGCAGCUGUUCUGAACGGCAUCUUCGGCUCAAAAUCAUUGUUUUGCAACAUUGAGAUUACUUCUUAAUUCAAGUUUAACCAUUAUUAUUUUGUAUAUGCAAAUUAUAAUGAUUCGGAUUAUAUGCUGAAUAAAUCAAAUAAAAAUAUGUAAA